UCUAUGGAUUUAUUUCUUGCUCCCUAUUAUGUGUACUUAUUACCGUCUCUCAUUCACGUAUUCUCCUUUAUGCUCGCAUUGAGCAAGAUAGCAUCUAUUGAUAGUUAUUGAUAGCCAGUAGCGCUAUAAUGAUCAUAUUGCAUCAUUGCGAAUGAUCAAAGAUAAUCGAGCGACAUUCGGAUUGCGAAUGACAGUUCCACGUGACAAGAAUUCCGCUAGUAUAUGUCUACUCCGACCGUUUGGAUUGUGUUGAUCUUUCUUAAGAAAUAUGUUGUUCCUGGCGAAGAUGUAUUAUUGAGAUCUGCGUAAAGAGAAAUACUCUAUUCAUAUCUCUUAGGGGCAACGUUGGAGUUGACAACGGUGAGAGAUCAUGGCGAAGGAUGAAGGGGACGACUUGCUGCCAGACAAGGACGCGGCGAAAGGAUUUUACGCCAAGUACGAGCCCAAGGAGAUCCUGGGAAGGGGAAUAUCGUCUACUGUAAGAAGAUGUAUAGAAAAAGAGACAGGUAUAGAAUAUGCAGCUAAAAUUAUAGACAUCAGCAAUGAGACUCAAGAGGAUGGGCACACUAUGAAGGAUGCUACGCUACAAGAAGUACAAAUACUUCAUAGAGUUGCUGGACAUCCAUAUAUCAUUGAAUUGCAUGAUGUUUUUGAAUCCAGUACAUUUAUAUUUUUAAUUUUUGAAUUAUGCAAAAAUGGAGAACUAUUUGAUUAUCUUACAUCUGUUGUGACACUUUCUGAAAAGAAGACACGUUACAUCAUGAGACAAGUAUUUGAAGGAAUUCAACAUGUACAUAAUCAAAGAAUAGUACAUAGGGAUUUAAAGCCUGAAAAUAUAUUGCUCGAUGAUAAUUUGAAUGUAAAGAUAACAGAUUUCGGAUUUGCCAGAAUAUUGAAUCCUGGUGAAAAAUUAGAAGAUCUUUGUGGUACACCUGGCUAUUUAGCACCGGAAGUAUUAAAAUGUAACAUGUUUGAGAAUGCAGAUGGUUAUGGAUUUGAAGUUGAUAUAUGGGCAUGUGGUGUGAUUAUGUUUACACUAUUGGUUGGCUGUCCUCCAUUUUGGCAUCGAAAGCAAAUGGUCAUGCUUAGAAAUAUAAUGGAGGGAAAAUAUUCAUUCACAUCUCCCGAAUGGGCUGACAUAACAGAGGCUCCAAAAGAUUUAAUAAGAAAGCUACUAGUUGUAGAUCCCAAAAAAAGAAUUUCUAUAAAGGAUGCAUUAGAACAUUCAUUCUUCCAUACUGUCCUGUGGGAUCAAGACAUUGCUCCUCUAAAACGUUCUCUAUCAUCUAACUCGCGACGUCUGAGUAGGAUAUCUCAGUUAGCUUUGGAACUGAAGGCCAAAUCGUUCAAUGCACGAAAGAGAUUCCAAUUGGCUAUUAUUUGUGUGCGAGCUGUUAUUCGUAUUAAACGACUUCAUAACACGCCUGAACCACUUUCAACACAAAUAACUUGUACUGAUCCAUAUAGGAUAAAAAUUCUACGAAAGGUAAUCGACGGUUGUGCAUUUCGAGUUUAUGGGCAUUGGGUAAAGAAGGGGGAGGGUCAAAAUCGUGCGGCACUUUUCGAAAAUACACCAAAGACAGAACUAAAGCAUCUGUACGUUAAUAAUUUAAGUAGAUAACUAUUAUUUUGUUAACUUUAUCUAGUUAAAUUUACUACAAAAAUAGAAUCUCGAUGAUUGAAUAAAAUAUGUUAAAAAUAUUAAAAAUUGUAAAAUAAUAUUUAAAAACGGGGCUCUAACGAUUAUAUAGCAGUUGAAUUUUGUGUGUAUGUGUAUGUACUUGUAUAUAGUGUUGAAAUUGAUUAGAUUUAUAUUAAAAUUUAUAUGCAUAUAUAAGAAGUCUAUGUUGUCAGUGACAUCAAUAGACUGAAAAUGCAAGAAAUGUAUUUCUAUAUAUAUAUAUCUAAAUGUAAAAGCA